AUCCUCAAGGCCUGAGUCCAGAGGGGCUGCAGGAAUGAACGCUCAUCCCACCUGAGAAAUGGCUGCAGCCACCUCCAGCCCCUGGUGCCAGCAAAGAUCGUGCAGGAGGUGCACACAGGGAUUCUCAACACAUGCAUGGGAGCUCUGGAGAAGCCACCUUGCUUCCUGCCACAGGCAGGAAGAGAUCCUGCCUUUGGCACAACCCUCUGCUCACAUCAUUGCCUGGGACAAUGUCUCAUUGCUGCCGCCAGACAACUCUUGCUGGGGCUUGGCCCUUCUCCUGAAGUGGGGCUUGAAGAAGAGAUGGCUCCUAACAAACAGCAGAGGACAAAACUUUCUCCAGCUUCCUGCAAUCCUAGUUUUGGGCAAGCGAGGGCCACACCAUACCUGGCUUCCACCCCUCUGCAUUUCCAGUUGUAAAUGCCUGAGAUAUUUCUCCUGCUCUCUUUUUCUGUAGCUCUGUUGAACUCUUUUUACAGAAGAAAUAAAGCUUUUUUUUAGUUCUAUAAAAGAAACCAUGCCCUGGGUUCUAAAGCUGUUGGUGCUGUGAGCUCUGCUGCGGUGUUGCUGGAGCUCAUGGCCUCUCUGGCAGUGGCACAGUCCAUAGCCAGCACCUUGUCCUGUCACCCAGCCCACUGGGCCCUGCCAGCUGCUUGGUCCCCAGCACAGUCCCUGUGUCCCCAGAGCACUGAGGGAACCAUUACCACAUGGGAUGUUCUGUGGUCACGAGGAGAAACUACGACCCAUGCUGGGACAUGCACUGCGAAAAGAUCCUGUCCUCUUCAAGAGGAAGAGAGCAGCUUGUGUUGUGGAGGAGUUCUCCAGUGGAAGCAGUUGAGCAGUUCCUGGUUAUUUCUUUGAGCAGCCAAGUGUGCAAGUACGUGGCUGUGGAGCUGAAAUCUGCUUUUGAGGAGACUGGCAAGACCAAGGAGGUGAUUGACACCAAGUAUGGCUUCCUGGAUGGGAAGGGCUCUGCUGUCAAGUACACCCAGUCGGACAUACGGUUAAUCGAGGUGACAGAGAACAUCUGCAAGCGGCUGUUGGAUUACAACCUGCACAAGGAGAGGAGUGGCAGUAACAGAUUCGCAAAGGGCAUGUCGGAGACGUUUGAGACCCUGCACAACCUGGUGCACAAGGGCGUCAAGGUGGUGAUGGACAUCCCCUAUGAGCUGUGGAACGAGACCUCCGCUGAGGUGGCUGACCUCAAAAAGCAGUGUGAUGUGUUGGUGGAGGAGUAUGAAGAUGUGAUCGAGGACUGGUACAGGCAUCACCAGACGGAGGAUCUCUCCCAGUUUCUCUGUGCCAACCAUGUGCUAAAAGGAAAGGAUACAAGCUGCCUGGCAGAGAAGUGGACUGGCAAGAAGGGUGACUUGGCAAGUGUGGAGGAGAAGCAGAGCAAAAAAAAGAGCGGGAAGAAGAAGAAAAAGGACCAGAAGGAUGAGAGCGUGGGAGCUGCCAGCCUCCUGGACACAGGGGAGGCCCUGGAGGAGGGGGUUCAGGAGAAGGCUCCGCUCACCCACAGCCCAGCUGAUGAGCUGUAGACACGGACCCCCAGCCCCCGCGGCUGCCUGCUCUGGGGUUUCAACCCGCUGUGCCUGUGGGUACCAAAGGAAAAGGGACUUGCAACCCGGGGGAGACCAGAGCGCCCAGUCCUGCCUUGUCAGCCUGGGUGCCAUCCUGCGAUUAGGUGUCACGGAGCCGCGGACCCAGCCCUGUUGUGCCUCCCUGCUGGGGGCUUCAGCUCCGGGAGGCCGCGAGUGCUGCCCCGGCGCCGGCUCUUCGCACCGAGCCGGGACUGUAAAUAAAGACGUUUUCCCCAGA